UGCUGGCAGAGUUGAUUCGUAUUACAGUUUGCUCAAAUAUUUGGAAGUGAAUUUAGGGCCCUCCCCCCAACUUAUGAUUUUAUAGCCAAUAGGUGAUGAGGUUUAUUUGCAUAUUUCCAGUCACAUAAGAAGCCCCGGAGUAGCAAUAGUGUCAGACUCCUGAUUCGGGAGCCCUUCCCUCACUUUAAAGGGCAACUUUCCUCUGCCCGGCACACAGACUUCCCCAGCCCGCCCCCAGCCCAGCCCGUGCAGUCCAGCGUCAGCAGAGAUGGAGGGUAAAGUGCUGCUCCUGGUCGCCCUGGGUUUGUGGUUCCAGAGUCUGGCCACGUCCAGCGGAGGGUUGGCCACUGCCGCCUCAAACAGAAGAAGAGGAAAUGAUGAUUUUGGAGACAUUGAAAGCAAGUUUGCACUGAGGACCCCAGAGGAAAUCACCGAAGAUAGGUGCCACCUUGUUCCUGGGGACAUCAAUUCUGUGGCUGACUGUAACUUCAAUCAUAGCAGCAAAACCUUUGUGGUGAUUCAUGGUUGGACGGUAACAGGAAUGUACGAAAGCUGGGUGCCCAAACUUGUUGGGGCUCUGUUCAAGAGGGAACCAGAUUCCAAUGUCAUCGUAGUUGAUUGGCUGAUGAGGGCCCAGCAGCAUUAUCCAGUAUCUGCCGGCUACACAAAGCUGGUGGGAAAAGAUGUCGCCAGAUUUAUCGACUGGUUGGCGGAGCAGUUCAACUACCCACUGGACAACGUUCAUAUCUUGGGGUACAGCCUUGGUGCCCAUGCCGCUGGCAUUGCAGGGAGUCUGACAAAUAAGAAGGUUAACAGAAUUACUGGCCUAGAUCCUGCUGGACCUAAUUUUGAAUAUGCUGAAGCUACUAGUCGCCUUUCUCCAGAUGAUGCUGAUUUUGUAGAUGUACUGCACACCUUCACUCGAGGAUCGCCUGGCCGAAGUAUCGGGAUCCAGAAGCCCGUGGGGCAUGUUGACAUCUAUCCUAAUGGAGGCUUCUUUCAACCAGGAUGUAAUCUUUUUGAUGCUAUUAACCAAAUUGCUACAAAAGGCCUUGGAGAUAUGGAUCAGCUGGUGAAAUGCUCUCAUGAACGAUCCAUUCAUCUCUUCAUUGACUCCCUACUGCAUGAAGAAAACCCCAGUAAGGCCUACCGCUGCAGUUCAAAGGAAGCCUUUGAUAAGGGGCUCUGCCUGAGCUGUAAGAAGAACCGUUGCAACAACAUGGGCUAUGAGAUCAAUAAAGUGAGAGCUAAGAGAAGCAGCAAAAUGUACCUGAAGACUCGUUCUCAGAUGCCCUACAAAGUCUUCCACUAUCAGGUGAAGUUACAUUUUCUUGGAACCGAAAGUGUGACUCAGACCAACCAGGUGUUGCUGCUCUCUCUGUAUGGCACCAUAGCUGAGAGUGAGGAAAUCUCUAUCACCCUGCCUGAAAUGUCCACCAACCAGACUUACUCCUUCCUGAUUUACACGGAGAUAGACAUCGGAGAACUGCUGAUGGUGAAAGUGCAGUGGAAAAGUGAUUCCUUCUUCAGCUGGUCUGACUGGUGGAGCAGCACUGGUUUUGGCAUCCAGAAAAUCAGAGUCAAAGCAGGAGAAACUCAGAAAAAGGUCGUCUUCUGUUCUAAAGAAAAAAUCUCCCAUCUGAAGAAAGGAAAAGAACCUGUGGUAUUUGUGAAAUGCUAUGACAAAUCGAUGAGCAGAAAGGCUGUCUGAAACUGUAUUAGCCUAAAGGAAGAAGAACUGAACUUAUUCUGCAAGGAAUAAAGUGAAUGAAGAAAGUCGGAUUUUAAACUAAGUCCUAAUGCUUUGGGUGUUUGGAAGUGGAUUCGUCCAAGUAUUUAUGAUGCCAGCUGUAUUAUUAUCAUUAGCUCUUUUUCCUUGUUAGUUAUUAGAGGAGACAGUCUCAGAACAUCCAUAAAGCAUCCACCCCCAAACCAAAACCAAGUCAGAAUGUUUAAUUUGAGGAAUACAGUGGCCAAAACCACUUGAUCUUAGCUGAAAAGACAGCCCAUAUUGUGAAAGAUGUUAAAUCUGGUCCACUGAGAUAAAAUAUGAAUUAUGCCCUAUGGUACUAGUCUGUUGUACAUUUUCCUUACGUGAUGUAUUUUGCAGUUUUCUAACAUUUGCGUGGAGUAGAACCAAGGGUUUCCUGUGGUUUGCUCACAGCCAGUUCAGACUCACCUGUUUGCCUGACUAAAAGUCUCCCCCCACCUCUUAUUUGAAAGACUCUUGAAGGGGCAUAGUUCAUGAAAUAACCAGGACUAAGUGGACACGGAAAGAAAGUGACUAAGAAUGUUAAUUAACAGAGCACUGGACCUUUGAAAACUACUCAUAUAUCCAUCUUCGGCCAACACUCAAAGGACAUCUCAAAAAGUCUGAUUAGUUUAUUUUUACUGAGCUACCUAGUUUAUCUUGAAAUAUAUAUAUAUAUAUAUAUAUAUAUAUACAUAUAUGUGCGUACAUAUGCACAUAUAUGUAUCUCUGUGGAUAUCUACUUGUACAAAUAUUAUAAUUUCACAUUAGACCAUAAAAUGAGUCAUUUUUGAAAACAGCUGUGAAGCCUCUGAUGUCACCUAGAAUUUAAGCAGAGAAGAUGGCAAGAUAAUUACAAAAGUAAAAUUACUCAGAAUGUGAUGGUUCUGUCCAUUCUGAUACUGAUUAGAAAAUAUUGGAUAAGAGCUAUCUUCCAAAAAUGCAUUGGGUCAAGCACAUCUUAAUCAGCAUUUUGGAAAUAAAUAAGAACUUUAAUCAAAAUGAAUCACUCUUUGUUCCUUGGUUCUGAUGAUGGACCCCAAAUAGUCUCUGUGGUCUGUGCUCACACGAAUCUCUGAAAAGCCAUUUGCCUAAAUUGUGUAUUUCUAAUUACAAUGAGUAGAAAUAUUUUUAAAGUGCUUGUUUAAAAAAAGAAUAAGGAAAAGUUCUCUGUGUGAGAAAACGAUGCUUCUGUAUCACCAUAGUCACCGACAAGUACCACCAAAGGUUUUUAAAUCAUCAGCAGAGAGUUAAUAAACAACUAUUUGUAAACUAGAUCUCUUUUUUUUCCUAAAAGGCUUCUGUGUACAAUGAGAGAGAAAGGUCAAAGGUAAAAAUAACUGCUGGGGGAUUCAUCCUAUGAACCUUUCCUAUACCCCUAGAUAGAUCUCCCCAUAGGAGUUGAUGUCUACCACUCAUGUGGUGGGACAGGCGAAAAAGAAGCUGAUAUCCUGAAGGUCUUAGAAUGGAGACACUUUUGAAAGUGUCUUCGUUCUCCAUUCAGAAAUGCAGUCGGGCCUCAGUAAUGUAGGUUAAGCCUGAAGUUGUUAGGAAUUGGUUUGGGAUGAGUUCUCCACAAAUAAGAGAGUGGGGUGUUUUGCUGCCAGGAUUCCCCUUUACCACUAACUGACUAAUUGGAGGGAAGCCUGCUUUUUAGCAAAAAAAAAAAACAACCCAACAAAUUUAAGUUAGAACUUAUAGGGAACUGGUCUACAGCAUUUGGAACUCCAUCUUCUAAGGAGGUCUAUACAUGCAAGAUAUGAUUUGGCUUUAAAUGUUAUUUAUUAGCUGUAAAUAUGUGUGUGUGCGUGGGUGUGUAUGUGUGUGUGUAAAGGUAGUUUGUAUAUAUUGACAAGAGUAUCAAGGCUAUCUGCAUUUCUAUACGCGAGGUGCUAACUUUGUAAAUACUGUUUAAUAGUGACAUUGUCUCACCGAAGCAAAUUUAGCCUUAUGAAAUAAUGCAGUAGAUUGAGCUUUUCAUUAAAGAGACCUUCUCAAUUCUGUGAAAAAGUAAAACCUGCUUUUAAUAAAAUGGACAAAGUUCUA